AAAUAUUAUUUCGUGUACCUACAAUUGUACCUAGCUAAAUCGGAGUAAGACAAAAAUCAAUUCUCGAAUUCCCUUAUUUCCUAUAAUAUAUAGAGAAAAGUGAGUGAAAAAAAAUUACAUUUAUUAAAAAAUUUUGUGUAUAAAAAUCGUACACUAACAAAAACUAAAGAUUUCCCCAAUAUAAAUGCGGUAGACAUAAAUCCUCCAUUAAAAAACAUCACUACUUAAUUCUUAAAAUAUUCAAAGUAAAAUGUUACUAUAUGUUUUCAAAUCUCCACGCAAUCAAAUGUCGGAUACGCAUCUGAUUUUUUACAAAUAAAAUGAAAAAACCAAAGAUUGUUAUAGCAAUCAAUGAGUGUUCAUUGCUAUAUAGCGAUAAGCGAAUUGAUGCGUCGACCGAAGGUAUAGUUUAGUAAAUUGGCUUACAUACACUUUAACUGAUAAGUGUUGAAUUUUCAAAUCCUCACAAAAAAAAUAAUUUUUGUUUUGAUAGUGCCAAGAACUAAAAUCGAAGGUUACUUAAAAAAUUCACCUAUUGCGCAGGAAAUAACAUACAGCCUGUAAAGAACAUUGCCCUAGCUGUUUUGCGGCACAAACCAGUAUUGCUUUCAAUCCAAGGGAACCAACAUCGCAAAAUGCGAUCGGAAUUAUAUUUUUUCCUGUUUCUGAUGACUGGGUGCAGAUGUGAGACUGUUUUCGAUCGAAUUGGAGACGGUUAUUACUAUAUAGGCAAUGAGAAGACAGUGAGUUGCAAUCGAAACAAAUAUGGCCUGAAAAUCAGAAAUCUUUCUGUAUAAGUGAACUUUACAUAUAAAGUGAAUAAAUAUAUUUGAAAAAUUAUGUAUUAUUUGGGAUUUGGGUACUGAGUGAACAACUUAACGGUAAUCGUAAGUAAAAUGAUGUCCUUCGAUGGGAUUUAAUGGCGUGAAAAAAUUCCGGAAAAUAGUACUGCUUGGUUUAAUCGGCAAGCCCAUUUUUAUACGCCUUACCCGUAAGGUAAAAAGAGUAUAAGAAAACGUUUCCGACCCCAUCAUGUAUAUACAUAUAUUCUUUAAAAGGAUCACUAGACGAGAUGACCUAGUCAUGAACGCUGUAUGAACGCUGUAAUCUCGGAAACUGAAAAGUAUACAAAGUUGGGAAUAAGCAUGCAGAUUCUAGAGAAUCCUGCGCGUCUCAAGGCGGGGCACUACUUUGAUUGGUUCGUCGCGCGGCGGGAUUGCUGGGGAAAAAUGUCAACGCUUUUAUCCGUGGAGACUGCGUGGGAACUCAGGAACCUAGAGCAGUAUAUCUUAUCACGUGGGUUUCCCGACGGAAGCACUUUCGCCACAUCGGGCAGCAACUUCAAGAGCAAAAUACACUAUUCCUGGGAGGGGGUGGACGAGCCAUUGACCUUUACCCACUGGAUGCCCGGCACUGAGGGAGAGUUUGACGGAACCGGAACCUUUCUCAGCCUACAACUGGCCAACUCAUCGCUGUACAUGCGACCGUCCUACGGGCAAGACGACUACUAUAUCUGCGAAUACAAGUUGUCCCUUCAGCAAAUCUGGCUCUUUCUGGAAACGGAAUCCUGGAUUCAUGUACUCGUCUUGGGGGUCUUACUGUGGCUCUGUUAUUUCAUAUUUCUUCUCAGAUGGAAAGCGAAGAGAAACUCAAGUCAACAUGCAGAGGACAAGAUAAAUCUCUUACCAGAAAUUAUAGAUGUUAAAGUGGUGAAAAAAUAAUUGUUAUAUUGGGCGUAGGCUGGUUCCUGUGACGCUUCAUUUGACUAAUUGGUAAAUUUAUUUGAUAUUUUGGUAGACUUGUAAAUGUUAUAAUCAUGUGUCACAUGUUUUUCAAUGACUCUACUAAGCUUUUUAAUAUUUUAAUAUUCCAAAUUGAUUUAUUAUAUAAAGCUUUACAAGAAGUCAAAAUACUAUUGUAUUAUGUUGGACUAAACAAACUUUACACAGUCUAUGCUGGUUCAUUAAAAUGGCUCAAAGUGAAAACCGUAAUUUUUUAUUGUGUAUCAAGGGAGUGUGCCAAUGUUUGUCGCCAAAUGUGUGGUCUCAAGUUUCUUCUCAGAAAGUUUUAUUUUACGUAGGGUCUAUAAAACUUGAAAACGUUAAACAUGGAGCUUCAGUCAACUUCGAGCUACUGUGGAAAAUGUCAGCAUUGGGAAAAUCCUUCGUAGGUCUUACAGGUAUAUUACUCCUGACGGCCGGAUACAUUUAUAUAUUCAAGAGCUGCUGGCAACCUCUCUGUUCAAAACCCUUUGUAAAGAUUGGUGAUCGCUGCUAUUUUUUUUCAUCCAACAAGGAGCCCUCCUAUGAGUACUACAAAAUAGUCUAUAAGAAUCGAGCUUUCAGCGUUCCCGUUACAAUGGAUUGGAUGCACGCGAACUUCGGAUGUGAGACGAUUGAUCCCCAGGCUCGUCUGGUGACUGUUCGCAGUUCCCAGGAAAUGAGACUUAUUUCCGACUAUAUGCGAUAUCGGGCCCACAUCCAAACACAUUCCAUAUUCUGGAGCGGCGGUCAUCGGGGAAGGCUUUCCGAUCCGAAACACGUCGAUCACAAAACACUGAUCGAUUUCUAUUGGCACCAAGACGCCUAUCCAAUGAACUUUACAAAUUUUGGGGCCACAAAGCAGCCCAAUCGGAAAUUUGAGAAUGGAUUUUGUGUCUAUCUAGAGUUCACGGGUGAGGAGCUGGUAAUGGGCGUGGGAAAAUGUGAUAAGAAAAUAGCAUAUGUAUGCGAACUAAACUGACUUAAUGAUUAUAAUUAAAUUUAUUUUUCAACGUUAAUUUAAAAUAAAUUAAACAUAUUCAA